AUGUCAGCAGGAUAUGGGGCCAAAAUGAAUACGACGAUGUAUGAAAUGAAGCUUAUUGCAACGCCGAUGGAUGUUUCCUCCAGCUGGUCGCGAAAAUCAUCUGUAUCCGCAAAUCGAGUUAUUAGGGUAUGCAUUGGACUCAAGCAACAUGGAUGGGAGACAUUCGAACAACAUCUUAUGGAGAUCUCUGAUCCAUCUCACCCACGAUAUGGGAAGCACCUCUCUUCAAAUGAAGUGAGCCUGUUGGUUAAAGCUGCUCCGGAAUCCUUAAACGCGGUAACCACGUGGCUUCAAGAAGUUAGUUCCUUUCCACCAAAUUUGACAUUUGCCACUUCUGGAGAUUUGGUAUCAUUUAAUGCGCCGAUUGAGGUGGUUGAACGACUGUUUAUGGCAAAGUAUGCGGAAUACCAACAUGAGGAUGGAUCAACCAUCAUACGGUCUUUGUCAUGGUCCGUGCCUGCCGAUCUAGUCAAUCACAUUGAUGUCGUCGAGCCCACCAAUUCGUUUUUCAAGCCACAUGGACAAUCUAGAUAUGGAGGUCCACCCCCACCAGAUUGGGAAAACGAGCAUCGGAUCCCAACUUACGAGGAACUGGUAGAAGAGGAUGUGUUAGAGCGAGGUCAUCUCGACAUCCCUCUAGCCCAUGAGUUAUCCCAGGCCCCCACAGUCAAAGAAGCAUGCAAUCGUCUGGCGAUUUCAAUCGUGUGUCUGAGUGUCAUUUAUGGAACAUGGGGUUAUCAGCAAAAGGCAUCCACCAAAAAUAGCAUCUCAUUGGUGAACUUCCUGGGGGAAGUCAACAACAGGUCUGACAUUGACCUAUUCCUGAGCCGUUAUAACCCAUCCGCUGCGGAAGCUAAUGCGGCGUACCAAUUUACUACGGAGAUUAUAGCUGGAGGGGAUACCCAGUCAAACCCUCAAUACGUCGGAGCAAAAUCGAGCCAACAAAGGCUCGAAGGCGCUUUGGACGCACAGACUAUCCUCGGUCUCAGUUGGCCAGUUCCGAUGACGACAUAUAACGUAGGUUCGAAGCCCCCUUUUCAGCCCAUCGAAGACCAUCAAGAAAAUACAAAUGAACCGUACCUGGCUUGGCUGCAGUAUAUGCAAAGCAAGGAGACUUUGCCUCACGUUAUCUCUAUUUCAUAUGCUGAUACCGAGCAAUCCGUGCCUCCAGAGUACGCGAGAAGGGUGUGUAAGGAGUUUGCAAAGCUCGGUGCUCGCGGUGUCUCCAUCAUUGUUGCUAGUGGGGACUGGGGAGUAGGGAAAAAUGAACGGUGCGUCCUGGAUAACGGUAGAGGCAAGCAACGGCGUUUUGCACCAUCUUUCCCGGCUAGCUGCCCAUAUGUAACUAGCGUCGGAGCCACGCGGCUCGUGGGUUCCGAGAUCGUAGGAUUCGAUGGUCGCGGAGAUUUUGCAAGUGGUGGUGGUUUUAGUGAACUCUUCUCAAGGCCACGAUAUCAAACCCAGGCAGUUGAGAAUUACCUGGACACUCUUGGAAAUGAGCAUCAAGGGCUUUUCAAUCGGAAAGGCCGUGGAUACCCUGAUGUUGCCGCACUGGGUUAUCACUUCUCGGUGCUUUGGAAUGGUCAAGCCCAUCUCCAGGAUGGAACCAGUGCUUCAGCUCCAACAGUUGCUGCCAUAAUCGCACUCGUCAAUGAUGCUUUACUUGACAAAGGGCACCCGCCACUAGGUUUCUUGAAUCCGUGGCUCUAUUCCGAUGCCCGUGAUGCAUUUACUGACAUCACCUGGGGAUCCAAUAGGGGGUGCAACACAAGUGGGUUCCCAGCCUUGACGGGAUGGGAUCCAGCAACAGGACUUGGUACUCCAUGGUUCCCUAAGCUGAAAGAUUUGGCGACAAAAGCAAGGUUUCGUGCAGAUAAGCCAUGUCAAUGA